AUGUCGGGUCGGGGUGCAUACUACAAAGCGCGCUAUGGAGGCGGCGGAAGGGCCGGCGGAGCGACUGGAAACCAGCCCUCGUUCACUCCCCAGAGCCACGACCUCAAACGAUUGAAGCUCGAUGCAGGAGCACAGAAUGGGGCGGCACUCAGGCAGAUGCUGUUGGAGCGGGACAAUCGCCCGUAUCCUGCUUACCGUGACACCGAGGGAUUUUGGAAGUUCGAUCGGUUUCGGCUGGGCGUGAUGAGGAUACAAUCGGACCCGUUUGCCCCGCCCACCCGCCUGAAAAUCAACCUCUCCGACGACCAACAUCGCUGGCCAGAGCACCUGCGCGCCUCGCCCAUCAGACGGGUCGCCCUAGCCGACUGGCUCACCCGCCGCUUCGCCCGUCUCAUCAGACUGCCCCAGAACGGCUCGUCGUCCCCAUCAGGCAGCGGCGGUGGCGGCGGCGGCGGAGGAUGGCACGGUCCCAAGGGCGGCGAUUUCUCGAUCGAUGUCCCCGGCGAACAGGUCCUCGACCGCAGCUCGUGCAGGUUCAACGAUCAGAACGGCGAAUUGACUCUCAGAAUGUCCAUCAAUUUACCCGCGAGGGGCCGAUCCAUCUUGGGCGAGCUUGCUGCCAAGAUGCUGUGCGACCAACUGGCCAACUAUGUCGACCGGGGCUUGGUCUGGGUCAAAGAAAUCGAGUCCGAAGCCGCUGAAUGGGUGGAGACCGUGGAAGAUCAGCACGUAUUACGAAAUCUUGUGACUGAGGCCGGCUUGACAGCAUUCAUCGGCAACGGAUCGAUCCUUCCCAGACAGUCCGGUGCAUCUGCGCUGCCCAUGCCGAGCUCUACACCAGGACUAGUUCCGUUCAAAAGUCCACCCACUUUGGAGCGUGUAUUUGAGUUGCCCAAUAGGGGAAAGGUGGCCGGGAUGGCGAUUCCGAAAGGAAUCACCAUCAUCGUUGGUGGCGGAUUCCAUGGCAAAUCAACUCUCCUCGAGGCCAUAUCCAAUGGUCCUUCGAAUCAUACACCGACCUCUGGCCUCAAUCUCGUCGUCACACCCAGCGCAACAAUCCCAGUGGCGUCAGAGGAUGGCAGGAUGGUCAACUCGUGCCACAUCUCCCCUUUUAUCCGUAACCUACCCAACGGAAAAGACACAGACUGUUUCUCGACAAGUGAUGCAAGUGGAAGCACGAGCAUGGCAGCCUCCUGUGUCGAGGCCAUCGAACUGCUCGGAGGUCAGCCCGGGACAAUACUCUUGGACGAAGACGGCUGUGCAGUCAAUUUCCUCAUCAGAGACGACAAGAUGCGCCUUUUGGUACAAAGAGAGUCUGAACCAAUUACACCCUACAUCUUCAAGGUUCAAUCUCUCUGCAAAGACCAUGAUAUAUCUACCAUCAUGGUUGUCGGUGGUUGUGGUGAUUACUGUCAUGUCGCGGACUGUUGUAUUAUGAUGGAAAACUAUCAAGCCUUUGAUGCUACCGAUCGGGCCAAGAAAGUGGCGGAUUCAUUCACUUUCGAAUUCGAAAAGGAGCUGGAAACCGGCUUUGAGGGCCUUCGGAACCGGCAAGUGUCGACGAAAUCGCUCCUCCCGCGCUCCUCGCCGCCCAAAAUCACUGUGAAAUCGACCCACAGUAUUCAACAUGGACCAGAGGCCUCAGAGCCCGACCAUCAACUGGACCUGAGCGGACUGAUCCAGCUCUCUACGAGCAGCCAGACCCGCUCGAUUGCCGGCUUCUUGGCCCACUUCGGCGCCGGCCAACAAGCACAAAGCUUGACUCUGCAAGAGCUCAUGGCUCUUUACGAGCGCCUGUGGCAGUCUGAGGAGGGCUUGGAGCGACUCGCUGAGGCCGGUAGGAUCGAUCCCGGAGCUCUGGCCAAGGUCAAUAAGCUGUUGGUUGGCAUGGCUGUUAACCGCUUGAGAACAGCCAAGUUUGAACAACUAAGCUCGAAUAAAAGGUGA